AUCGAGACUUAUGGAACGGAUGAUUACAGAGUCAUCGCCUACCUCAGACAGCCUUCGCACUAAUGCGCCAGCUAUUCGUUCAGAGUUCCGAGCGAUGAAAAAUAAGCUUAAUGACAUUGAUCGGAAGCUUGGGACGGAACUAGUCGGAGACUUCGAAGGAAUGAUGGAACGCCAACAGACUCUGUGGACACAUGCGAUUGGCAAGGCUUUUUAGAAAGCACCAAUAUGACGGUUCGGGAACUUGAGCGGGUUGGUUCGUCCAUUAAGAUGAGCGUAGCCCAAAGUCGCCAAUUAUUUUUUGAAACACUGAGCAGAGUAGCUCAAGAAGCAGGAAGAAAGGAGUACAUAAAAGUACAACAGGAAAAGAGGCAACUAAAAACUAAAAUACAACAACCUGCAUUGCAAGGGAUUCUGAGCAGGCUGUCGAGAGAAGUUCCAUCAUUUAGUAGCUCUGGCAUUGAUAACUUAUCGCCACCUAGGGAUCCAGAGGAUUACCAGCAAGGGAGUGAGAGCGAGAGUGACGAAAGUGAUAGUGGCCAGGAGAGCGAGCCGGUUGUUAUUAACGAAACCGUUAUUGCUGUUGAUGAUCAUUUUCAUGAUGAUCAAGAUCUAUGUGAUCAAUUUAACGAGGCACUUGGUACUAACGCACUGGAUCAAAAUUGGGAGGACCAAGAUGGCCAAGAGGACCAGGAGGCUGGUCAAAAUGCAGAAGGACAAUGGCGAUGGGAUAACGAGAAAGAGCUAGAGAAAGAGCUUGGAAUGCGCUUGUGCCCAUAUGUACCUGAAUUUCACUACAUGGAAAUGGAACCAAGGGAUAGGCCGAUUCGUGAUCUUUGGAAGGAGUGGUUUUAUGGAAACGAAGAAAAAUCUUCAAUAUGUCGUAUGGAAAUUGAACAUGGCAGUAGAUGGCGUCCUGGCAAUGCCAAGGCUGCAGUAUAUUUAUUCAAGAAGCGUCUAAUCAACUCCGUUCUUAGAGAAAUGAUCAAUGCGGAGCCCAAUCUCACGGUGGAACAACGUAUUUUUUAUGCAUUAGACAGCGUUCAUUUAAAGAUAUCUCAAGCAGGAUCAAUUAAUAAAUAUGAGAAAUCUCUUCCAAAAGGCGCUCCAAAACGCCGCCGAGCUCCUGUACAAGAACCGGACCAGCAAGAUCAGUUAGACCAGCAAGAUCAGUUAGGCCAACAAGAUGCAUAGAUAGACACUUGUAGUCACUUAUUUAAUGUUAAUAAAAG